UAACUGACUCAACCCUGUAGACUUCUCUGCUGAAAUAUCACUGUCACUUUUCUUGGCAUUUUCCAGCCAGUCUCGACUGCUUGUGCUUCCCCUGAGCGGUCUGAGCUCCCUCCCGGCCCUUCUGCAGUUCUCUUUCCUCCAGCUGCUACUCCCUUGUUUUUCUUCCUAGAUCACAGAUGCCACCUCUCUGAAGGUCCUUCCCAUCUGUUCAUGUCCCCAAAGCCCAGCUCUGCCUGCCAUAUAGGUUCCAAGGCGAUCUGAAUAAAGGAAGAUGUCUGAUGAGUUUUCGUUGGCUGACGCGCUCCCCGAACACUCCCCCGCCAAAACCUCGGCUGAGAGUAACUCCAAAUCCAGCCCAGCACUCCAGGGCUGGCCGGGUUCCAGCCCCUGGAACAACCUGAGUGCUGCGCCAUCCCUGCCCUCCGGACCCCCGCCGAGCGCAACACCCUCCACCGUGCCUUUUGGAGCUGCACCCCCAGGAAUGUACCCCUCCGUGCCUCCAGCCGGACCGCCCCCGGCACCCUUCCCUCCGUCUGGACCCUCCUGCCCCCCGCCCGCGGGCCCUUACGCUGCCCCGAGCCACGGCCCCACAGGGCCGUACUCGACCCCGAACAUGGCCUUCCCUGAGCUCCCCAGGCCCUACGGUGCACCUGCAGACCCAGCCGCGGGCCCCUUGGGUCCAUGGGGCUCCGUGUCUUCUGGAUCUUGGGCGCCAGGCAUGGGGGCGCAGUACCCGAGCCCCAGUAUGCCCUAUGCUUCUCCAGGGCCAUACCCCGCUCCUCCGCCCCAGGCCCCAGGCACAGCACCGCCUGUUCCAUGGGGCACUGUGCCACCAGGAGCCUGGGGGCCGCCGGCACCGUACCCGGGCGCUGCAGGCUCGUACCCCACGCCAGGACUCUACCCCGCUCCCAGCCAUCCUUACCAAGUGCCUUCAGGACCAUCCGGUGCUCCGCCCAUGCCUGGGGGCCCUCACUCUUACCAUUAAGUUAACAAUGGAUGAAGAGUUGACGCUUUGCUCUUUGAAGUACAUACAUGAAUGCGUCUGUGAAAACUGCCAGUCUCGCCAUUCGGAGAGGGCACUCAUGAAAGAACAACUCUUGCGCCUCAAGAUGCCUGCCUCACAUAGUUGGAUAUGUAGUGCAUCGAGUGGA